AUGCAAUCGCGACGUGCUAACUUUAAAAAUUUAAUUAAAAAAAGUCAAACGAAUAAAAAGUUGGAACAUAAACUAAAACUUAAACAAGAAACAAAGCGAAAUGAAGUUCAGGAUGAGAGUCGACCGACGCUUCAAUGGCUCAACGUACAAACAUUGACAAACGCUGACUGUCGCUCUCGAUUCUCUGCCGCAAACGCUGCUCGUGUCUUUGACAACACAAUCUGUACAUUCACUCGUACUGGUGAAGGAAUGUGCAUGGGAGAUUCUGGCGGUCCAAUCGCAACUGGAAACACAGUUCAUGGUGUGGUUUCAUGGGGUAUUGCAUGUGCCCGUGGAUCCCCUGAUGUGUUUGCUCGUGUCAGCAGCCAUCGUUCAUGGGGAAAAAUCGUUUUUGAUAUUUUUAGUUUAUUAUUGAAAAAUGUUGAAGUUUGUUGUUUCUCUUUGCUUGAUAGCUUUUGCUGUAGCCAGUCAUUUGCUAAUUAUUUUGCGAAUUCAAUUUUAGCCACUCGUGAUGCAACUCUCAACGUUGAAAUAUCUGGUCGAAUUGUAGGUGGAUCAACAGCUUCUUCUGGUCAAUUCCCUUACCAAGUUUCUCUGAGAACAAUUGAAAAUGUUCAUUUUUGCGGAGCUACAAUGUUCAGUACAAGAUGGAGUGUCACAGCUGCUCAAUGCAUGACCUUACGUAACCCAGCAAACACAAUUGCUGUGUUUGGUGCUCUCACUCGACUUGCUGGUGGAACUUCACACAGUGUGUCUCGUAUUGUCAGUCAUCCUGCAUAUAAUGCUGCCAAUCUUGCCAAUGACAUUGCAUUGGUAGAAACUGCAACUGCUGUUGCUAUAACUGCUAGUGUUGCACCAGCUGAUUUAGCAUCAGCUUUUGUUGGUGGUGGAAUCGCUGUCAUCGCUUCCGGUUUUGGACAAACUUCACAAAUUGGAUCACUAGCUACAACUCUCCAAUUUCUUAACACACAAACAAUAACGAAUGCUGAUUGUCGCUCUCGAUUCUCUGUGGUGAACGCUAAUCGUGUCUUUGACAACACAGUCUGCACAUUUACACGCGAUGGACAAGGCGUCUGCAUGGGAGAUAUUGGUGGUCCUCUUGCCAAUGGAAAUACAGUUGUUGGUAUCAUUUCAUGGGGAAUUCCAUGUGCAACAGGAUCACCCGAUGUUUACGCUCGUAUCAGUAGUCAUCGUACUUGGAUCUCUUCAGUUACUGGAUCUGAACCAGACGCUGAUGGUGGCAAAUACAUGGAAGAACCAGAAAAGCCAUGUGAUGAUCCAACUGGUGGUCCAGGAUUUGUUGUUUCUCUUUGCUUGAUAGCUUUUGCUGUAGCCAGUCCCACUCGUGAUGCAACUCUCAACGUUGAAAUAUCUGGUCGAAUUGUAGGUGGAUCAACAGCUUCUUCUGGUCAAUUCCCUUACCAAGUUUCUCUGAGAACAAUUGAAAAUGUUCAUUUUUGCGGAGCUACAAUGUUCAGUACAAGAUGGAGUGUCACAGCUGCUCAAUGCAUGACCUUACGUAACCCAGCAAACACAAUUGCUGUGUUUGGUGCUCUCACUCGACUUGCUGGUGGAACUUCACACAGUGUGUCUCGUAUUGUCAGUCAUCCUGCAUAUAAUGCUGCCAAUCUUGCCAAUGACAUUGCAUUGGUAGAAACUGCAACUGCUGUUGCUAUAACUGCUAGUGUUGCACCAGCUGAUUUAGCAUCAGCUUUUGUUGGUGGUGGAAUCGCUGUCAUCGCUUCCGGUUGGGGACAAACUGCACAAAUUUCUGGAUCACUCUCUACAACUCUCCAAUUUCUUAACACACAAACAAUAACGAAUGCUGAUUGUCGCUCUCGAUUCUCUGUGGUGAACGCUAAUCGUGUCUUUGACAACACAGUCUGCACAUUUACUCGCGAUGGACAAGGCGUCUGCAUGGGAGAUAUUGGUGGUCCUCUUGCCAAUGGAAAUACAGUUGUUGGUAUCAUUUCAUGGGGAAUUCCAUGUGCAACAGGAUCACCCGAUGUUUACGCUCGUAUCAGUAGUCAUCGUACUUGGAUCUCUUCAGUUACUGAAGUGAUUGGAACUGCAACUCUCGUGUUUUUCGGAUGCGCUGGUGGGAUUCAUUGGAUAGGUGACCCUGGCCAGUUGAUACCUCCGUUUAAUUUUGGCUUGGUUGUCUUGUUUGUCGUUCAAAUGUUUGGACACAUUUCAUUCGCUUUAAUCAACCCAUCAGUGGUUAUUUGUGCAGUCAUAAAUAAUUUUAUAUCAGUAAAGACUGCAAUUUUAUUUAUUAUCGCUGAAAUCGUUGGUUCUAUUAUUGGAUAUGGACUUUUGAUGUAUGUCACACCCGCAAAUCUUUUGGCGUUGGCUCCCAACGGACUUUGCGUUACUGCAAUCCAUCCUGAAGUUUCAAUCCCGCAAGCAUUUUUAGUUGAAUUUCUUAUUACGAGUUGUUUGGUUUUGGUAGUCAGCGGUGCUUGGGAUCCUCGUAAUAACAAAAACACAGAUUCAACAUCAUUAAGAAUUGGUUUUGCAGUUGCGUCUUUGUGCAUAGUCGCUGCACCUAUCACGGGUGCGUCAAUGAACCCAGCACGAUCAAUUGGACCAGCUUUAUGGAAUUGGAAUUGGAAAAAUCAUUGGGUUUAUUGGGUGUCACCUUUAUCCGCUGCUUAUAUAUCAUCUAAGUUUUACAGAAUAGUUUUAUGGCGAAAGGAAGCAAAAGAAAUAACAGAAAGAUUUCCCGUUGUUAUUAAGUUUCCCAAAGAAAUAAUAAAAACAUUUGAUCGAAUGUGUCAAAUCUUGCUUAAAAGACUUGAACGUUUUCGAGGAAUAAGAAAUUGCAAUAGCACAAAAAAAAUGUUAUCAAUAAAACAAAGACUUCAUUUGAUCGCAAUAUCGAUUGGUUUAUUUGGAUGUUACUCAGUUUUUGGAAUUUUUCAAGAAAGAAUUUUUCGUAGAGAAUAUGAAAGCGUAGGUGGAGGAAUGAGUGAAUACUUCACAUAUUCAGUAACAUUCGUCGGCCUUCAAUGUUUCUUUUACUCGCUUUUCGCAAAGGCAAUUCUAAUGAUACGUGAAUACAAAGAGAAUGAAACAUCUCAAGCGUUUUUUGGGCUUACAUCAAUAUUCUACCUCCUGGGAUUGAUAACAUCAAAUACUGCACUUCGCUUUAUAUCUUAUCCUAGUCAAGUUAUUGGAAAAGCUUUGAAGCCAAUAGUUACAAUGAUAUUUGGAUGCCUGGUUGGUGGAAAAUCUUAUCCGACUCAUAAAUAUUUCUUUGUGAUAUUGAUCGUCAGUGGUGCUGUGAUGUUUCUUUUCAAAACUGAUCAGAAAACGCAAGACGAACCAAUUUUUGGCUACAGUUUGGUUGGAUUCAGCUUACUCAUGAAUGGAUGUAUGGCGGGAGUACAAGAGAAAAUGAGAUCAGUAGCAAGACCAUCACCUUUGAACCUCAUGUUUUUUCUCAACGCGUGGAGCUCUCUUUUUGUGAUUUUCGGGAUUGCAUUGAGUGGAGAAUUCUUCGGAUUCAUUGAGUUUUGUACGAGACAUCCAAAUAUUUUAUUACAAAUUAGCAUACUUUUGGUUGUUGGAAGUUGUGGUCAACUCUUUACAUGCACAAUGAUCACAGAUUAUGGAGUUGUUCCAUGUUGCAUUGUUCUAACGAUAAGAAAGUUUUUUAAUGUAAUGUUUUCAGUGCUUUAUUUCGGAAAUGUUUUAGUUCUAAGACAAUGGCUUGCAACUGCUUUAAUCUUUACAUCACUUUUAGCAGACACAAUUUUAAGUUCAAAACUCCAAAGAAAUGUUGAUAACAAUAAACGAUGUGAGAAAUUAAGAGAGGGUUGUGACAUUAAGGAAAUGAAAACAGAGAAUGAUUCCACAUUAGUUGAUAAAAGAAAUUACGAAAAUGAUAUAAUUGAACCAUAG